AUACCUGUUGAGCUUGCUGCGGUGGGAGUUUCGAUUGCUUUGUUCAAUCAGAUAUCAAGGAUUGCGAUAUUCCCACUUGUCAGUGUGACAACUUCUUUUGUUGCCGAGGAAGAUUCAAAGAACGGGGCGAACUUAGAUUUCAAAGAGGACGACUUAUCUAGCCAAGACAGUGAGGAUAAGAUGUUGAUACCACAAAAGGGUUUGGAUGAGAAAGUCCAUUGUUUGGACUCUGCAAAGAGUUUUGAGAUAGGUGGGGUUGAGCAGGGGAAAAAGCAGAUUGCAUCGGCCCCUUCAGCGUUAAUCAUUGGUGGCAUUCUAGGCCUACUCCAAGCUGUGUUUCUCAUCACUGCAGCCAGACCAUUACUAAGUUUCAUGGGAGUGAAAUAUGGCUCAGAGAUGUCGAAACCUGCUGAACAGUACUUGAAGCUCAGAUCGCUUGGUGCUCCUGCAGUUCUCUUGUCCUUAGCUAUGCAAGGAGUGUUUCGUGGUCUCAAAGACACAAAAACUCCGCUUUAUGCAACAGUGUCCGGAGAUUUAGCAAACAUCAUUUUGGACCCGAUAUUUAUAUUUGUUCUGAAGAUGGGAGUCAGGGGUGCAGCCACUGCACACGUUAUCUCUCAGUAUUUGAUUGCUCUAAUACUCUUCUGGAGAUUGCAAAGGCAAGUGGAGCUCUUAUCUCCUAGUCUUGGAUAUCUUCAAUUAGGUCGUUUUAUGAAAAAUGGAUUGCAAUUGCUUAUAAGGGUCAUAGCCGUAACAUUCUGUGUGACGCUAGCUGCAUCAAUGGCAGCCAGGCUGGGAUCGACAGAAAUGGCUGCAUUUCAGGUUUGCUUGCAGGUUUGGCUAGCUAGUUCUCUUUUGGCAGAUGGUUUGGCCGUUGCUGGACAGGCCAUACUUGCAAGUGCUUUUGCAAGGAAAGACUAUAGUAGGGUAGUGUCAUCCGAGGGCCAGAUAACAGUCUCUAUGAGACGUUCGCGCAUCAACUCCAGAUUCUGAUCCGAGAUCCUCUCAUACAUCUCCACAUGAUCACAUUUCUUAAUCCAUCUCCCAUAGAGGUGAAGCCGAGUCACCAUCACUCUCUCAGCCAGCUCCAGCUUAUCCUUGACAAGUUCGCGAAUGAAGGCCUUGCCGUAGCCACGCUCAUUUGAUGCAAUAUAA